CAGGAAGGUGGAGCUACAGACGAGACUCAUAAAACCCAAAGCUUAUAUUCCUCAACUCACUGCUGCUGCCGACGUGACCAAGCUCAGCUCAGCUCAGCUCAGCGGCUCACGAAGCGCUCCUCACACACACACACACACACGCACACACACACACACACAGAGGAGAGGAGAGGGCAUGAGCACGGCCGGUACCGGGAGGUUCUGCUCAGAGGUUUACUCCACAUUUCUUCUCCAAGAAGAGGAACCAGAAGUGUCCAGAAGUGACGCGUAAAAGCUGCAGAGGACGCGCAGAGACGUCCAGUAUUUGACCUUGAGGAUAACUUUGACCUCCAGUCUUCAAAUCCAGUCUUGAUCUCGGGACUAUAGAGGUUCUGCAGCGGGAACAUGAACAUGCCAGCCGGCUGGAGCCGCUGAAGGACUGAUUGAAGGAGUGAUUAGUCGGUUUUACGCACCAGGUGUGUGUUCAGGUGUCUGUUCAGGUGUCCAUGAUGCAGCAUCCUCUGGACAUGGGGUCGCAUCAUUACUAUCCUCCAGAGGUUCAUCCUGACCACAGGACUCAUCGCUACAGGAGCUUCAUGAUCGAGGAGAUCCUGACUGAUCACCAGGAGCACAAAGUGUCGGCUCCGGCCGGAGAGCUGCUGAAGUUCGGAGUUCAUGCUCUGCUGUCUGCAGCCAGGCCUUUCCACAGCCACAACCACCUGGUGCUCAAAGCGGACCAGAGCCUCCUGAAGUUCCCCAUGUCUCCGCUGUCCCCGCUGUCCUGCUCGCUGGGCUCCCCGCUGCUGUCCGCCGCGUCAGGCCUGCAGCUCGGCAUCGGCUCGGCGUCUCACCACUCACUGCCGCUGCCUCUGGACCUGCACCUCCGGGGGAAGCUGGAGCACGGAGUGGACGGAGGAGGGAAGAGCAAGAAGGGCCGCCGGAGCCGCACCGUGUUCACCGAGCUGCAGCUGAUGGGGCUGGAGAAGCGCUUCGAGAAGCAGAAGUACCUCUCCACGCCGGAUAGAAUAGAUCUGGCCGAGUCGCUGGGCCUCAGUCAGCUGCAGGUGAAAACAUGGUACCAGAACAGACGGAUGAAGUGGAAGAAAAUUGUGUUGCAGGGAGGAGGUCUGGAGUCGCCCACUAAACCAAAAGGCCGCCCGAAGAAGAACUCCAUCCCCAGCAGCGAGCAGCUCUCUGAGCAGGAACGGACCGCCGCCGACACCGACCGCCAGUCCGAAGAAGGCUCCGGCUCCCACUCAGAGAACGCUCAGGAGGAAUGACCCCCGACCGUACCGUCCUGCAGACUCUCUGGCUCUGUACGUGCACACGGAGCCUCUGGGACACCGUUAUCUUCCGGAUGGAGCCAGACUCCCCGAAGAGGAGGUGCUGAUGCUCCUGAAGCUGGACCGUCUGGUGCAGAGACUCCACAGACUUGAAGCCUGAACUGAACGCGCCACACGACGUCCUCCAGUGUGUUUUUGUCGUAGUCCCACCGGGCGUCCCCCCCCCCCUCAUGAUGAACUUGCUGCUGUUGAGGAGGGAGCUCAAACCUUUGCAGUAGGUCUAACCCCUUUAUAUUCUCUAAGGAUCCACUCUCACUCAUCUGGUUUUGCAUUCCCUUUGUGUAACUAUGCUAUGUUUAAUUAUUAAAUAUAUUUUCACUAA